AUGCUUCGUGCUGUCAUCGCUGCCUUCCUCGCCGCGACCACCAGUGGCGACGUCGCCGAGCUGUGCGCGGCCCAGGCGUCCCGGGCGGCCCCCGAGAAGCUGGCCCAGGAGCAGCAGUUCAACUCGCCGAGUCGCUGCCGGGGCUGGCCGCUUUUACGGCGGCUGGCGUCGGACGUCGUCGGCGCUGCCACCGUGGAAGCCGACGGCGCCGUCGCCUUCGAGCUCGCGCCCUGCGGCAACAACGCGACGUUCCGGCGGUCGCUGAGCGUCUUCCUCAGUUUCUACUCUGCCGACGUUCGCGACGCGACGCUCGCGACCGCGGAGCCCGGCUCGCGGGCGCUCCGCGUGCGCUGGAGGCCGCCGCUCGCCGGCGCCUACGACGUCGUCGCCCGGCUCCACUUCUACGGCGACGACUGCGACGGGUCGCCGCCCGUCUACCUCGGGGGCAGCGAGCCGCGCUGCGCGCCGCGCGAGAAGUGCAAGACGCCGCGGCUCCAGAAAAAUUGCGACGAGCUCGCGCGCGUGCCCGCGGCCCCGCGGCGCAUCGCCGCGCCGGCGGCGCCGGCCGCGGACGCGGCGGCGGACGCGCCGCAGUGCCGCGACGGCGCGACGCGCGACGGCCACUGGCGCCGCUUCGCCCGGGGCGACGUCGGCCCGGGCUACACGGGGUCGCCCUGGGACGCGCUCGUCGCGCGGUCCGUGCACAAAGCGGACAAGAAGAUGGCGCCCUGGCGCUUCGCGCGGCCCGGCUGCGCCUACCACUACUUCGCGCCCGGCGACGCGCGGCGCGCGCUCGACGGCUCGCUGCUCCUCUUCGUCGGCGACAGCCUCCUGCGGGGCCUCUACGCGACGACCGUGCGCCUCCUCGGCGGCGCGGCGAGCGACGACAAGCUCAAGGCGCGCGAGGACGCGGCGCGCGGCAAGGGGGGCAAGCGCGCGUCGAACGACCCCGCGUCGCGGACGUCCUUCGACCUCGGCGGCGCGCGCCUCGCCUACGCGUCCAUGUGGUCCGACGCGGAGCUCGGCGCCGUCAAGGCCGCCGUCGGCCGCGCCGCGGCCCGCGGCCAGCCCUUCGCGCGCGUCGUCGUCGUCGCCAACUGGGGCGCGGAGCACAGCGUCGCCGCGGCCUGCGACAGGGUCGAGGCCAAGUUCGCGCGCCAGGCGAACCGCGCGCGCGACGCCGUCGCGGCCGCGCUCCCCGGGGACGCGCCCCGGUCGCUGGUCGUCGCGACGCCGACGGCGAUGCUCGCGCGGCGGAACCCGGGCAUGACGACGGCGAAGGCCCGCGCGCUCGGGCGCGUGCUCGCGGCGCAGGCCGAGGCGACGCGCCGCGGCGGAGCCUUCGCGGCCGCGGACCUCCUCGACCUCUCGAACCUCACGAAGGCGCGCUUCGACGACGCGACGCUCGACGGCGUCCACUACGGCCAGACCGCCGCGACCAUGGGCGCGACCGUGCUCCUGAACAUGCUCGCCGCGCGGCCCUAG